CGCCGCCCAUCCCUCUUUGUGUGUGUGUGUAUGUGUGUGCACCGGGAAGCGGCGGUGGCUGCGGCGAGGACAGUUGGCUUUGGGGCUCAGGAGAGGAGCGCUGCCGGAAAGUUGCAGGCGAGGGGACGCUUCUCCAUCUCGCCACCUGACGGGUUACAAACAUGUCGGACAAAAGUGAAUUAAAAGCUGAAUUGGAACGUAAGAAGCAGCGGUUGGCCCAAAUAAGAGAAGAAAAGAAGAGAAAAGAAGAAGAGAGGAAAAAAAAGGAAACAGACCAGAAGAAGGAAGCUACUGCUCCUGCUCAGGAAGAAUCCGACCUUGAGAAAAAGAGAAGAGAAGCUGAAGCCUUGCUGCAGAGCAUGGGGCUGACCUCAGAGUCCCCCCUUGUCCCUCCCCCGAUGUCUCCAUCCUCCAAAUCUGUGAGCACGCCAAGUGAAGCUGGGAGCCAGGAUUCUGGAGAUGGCGCCGUGGGAUCUAGGACGCUGCAUUGGGAUACAGACCCGUCAGUUCUUCAGCUUCACUCAGAUUCCGAUUUGGGACGAGGACCUAUUAAGCUUGGAAUGGCCAAAAUUACACAAGUUGACUUUCCUCCUCGAGAAAUCGUCACAUACACAAAGGAAACUCAGACUCCAGUUAUGGCUCAACCCAAAGAAGAUGAUGAAGAAGAUGAUGAUGUAGUUGCUCCCAAGCCUCCUGUUGAACCUGAAGAAGAGAAAACUCUAAAAAAAGAUGAAGAAAGUGAUAAUAAAGCUCCCCCCCAUGAGCUAACUGAAGAAGAAAAACAACAAAUUUUGCACUCAGAAGAAUUUUUAAGUUUCUUUGACCAUUCUACAAGGAUCGUAGAAAGAGCUCUUUCUGAGCAGAUUAACAUCUUCUUUGACUACAGUGGGAGAGAUUUGGAAGACAAAGAAGGAGAGAUCCAAGCAGGUGCUAAACUGUCAUUAAAUCGGCAAUUUUUUGAUGAACGUUGGUCAAAGCAUCGAGUUGUUAGUUGUUUGGAUUGGUCAUCUCAGUACCCAGAGUUACUUGUGGCUUCCUACAAUAACAAUGAAGAUGCUCCUCAUGAGCCUGACGGGGUAGCCCUUGUGUGGAAUAUGAAAUACAAGAAGACUACCCCAGAGUAUGUGUUCCACUGCCAGUCAGCUGUAAUGUCUGCUACAUUUGCAAAAUUUCAUCCAAAUCUUGUUGUUGGUGGUACGUAUUCAGGCCAGAUUGUGCUUUGGGAUAACCGUAGCAAUAAAAGAACUCCAGUGCAAAGAACUCCACUGUCAGCUGCCGCACACACACACCCUGUCUAUUGUGUAAAUGUUGUUGGAACACAAAAUGCUCAUAAUCUGAUCAGCAUCUCUACUGAUGGAAAAAUUUGUUCUUGGAGUUUGGACAUGCUUUCCCAUCCGCAGGAUAGCAUGGAAUUGGUUCACAAACAGUCAAAAGCAGUAGCUGUGACAUCUAUGUCCUUCCCUGUCGGAGAUGUCAACAACUUUGUCGUGGGGAGUGAAGAAGGCUCUGUGUACACAGCAUGCCGCCACGGCAGCAAAGCUGGAAUCAGUGAGAUGUUUGAAGGACAUCAAGGACCAAUUACUGGCAUCCAUUGUCAUGCAGCUGUUGGAGCAGUAGACUUCUCACAUCUUUUUGUCACUUCAUCAUUUGACUGGACAGUAAAACUUUGGACAACUAAGAAUAACAAGCCGUUGUACUCAUUUGAAGAUAAUUCAGACUAUGUUUAUGAUGUCAUGUGGUCUCCAACCCACCCAGCCCUGUUUGCCUGUGUGGAUGGCAUGGGGAGACUGGAUUUGUGGAAUCUCAAUAAUGAUACAGAGGUGCCAACUGCCAGCAUGUCUGUGGAGGGCAAUCCUGCUCUUAAUCGUGUAAGAUGGACCCACUCUGGAAGGGAGAUUGCCGUGGGUGAUUCUGAAGGACAGAUUGUCAUAUAUGAUGUGGGAGAGCAGAUCGCUGUUCCCCGCAAUGAUGAGUGGGCACGAUUUGGUCGAACACUUGCAGAAAUUAAUGCAAACCGAGCUGAUGCGGAGGAGGAGGCUGCUACCCGAAUACCUGCGUAGUUCCUGAAGUGGGGGCUGUGGCUUUAGUGAAUCUGGGAAAGCCACAUAGAUCCUGAAAUUAUUUGCAUGCUUCUGGUUAAACAGUAAUUAAAAGGAUAUUUCAUGGAUUAAACUAUGGACUUAAUGCAGUAGGCAGAUCUUACAAUAUCCCUUUUAUAUAUACAUUUUGUUUUGGAUUUGUCAUUUUUAAUAUAGCUGACUGACUAUAGAAUGUAGCCUUUUCUGAAUUCUAAUACACAAGUGUAUAUUAUUAGUUCUUUUGAACCUUUUUCAACUUAUAAUACUAUAUAUAGUUAUUUCUAAAGCACAGAUUAAAUAAGUUCUGCAUAUUUUUAAAUAAUCACAAUUCCUUGUUAUACAAGUAUACACUUCCUUGUUGGUAAUGGCCUCAUUAACCAUGUAGGAACAUUGUUCUUAGCCACAGCAUGCAUACACCUAAAUUCCGUUCUAACAUCCUUUUUCCUCCUUAUAGUUUGGUGGUUGUUAUCUAUAAAUAAAAGCAAAUAUGACUUAA